UCCAUAGAUGCUGCUGCACCCGCUGAGUUUCUCCAGCCUCUUUGUGUAACCUUCGAUUCUCCAGCAUCUGCAGUUCCCUCUUAAACACAUGUGCUGUGCUGUACUGUUCUAUGUGCUCUGUUCCAUUAUUGUGAUCCAUGCCGGGAGCUGAAUUUAGCAACUGCCCUAGUCCAACAAGCCCGUACAAUGUGGCCUGUUUCCGUGCUGUAUAUGGUUAUAUGGUGAUAUGAAUUGCGUGAGAGUUGGCAGCCCUGGGACCUCUGCCUCCCUUGAUGUUUCUCUCUCUCUCUCUCUCUCUCUGCAGAUCCAGACACCUCCCCUUCCUCUGGCCGAAGCACCUCCUCCACAACCUCCCAGCGGCUCCCUGGACCAUGGCGGUCGCCCACAAGGCCGGAGAUGGUCCCCGCUUCACCGUGCGCCCGUUCCGGGCCGGCGACACACCGGAGGCCCGCAGGAUAUUUUCCGAGGGUGUGAUGGACCAGCCUUGGCCGGCAUUCCGCCGGGUCCUGCAGUCGCCAGCCGCGGCCUGCCUGAUCCUGACUGCCGGGGCCGCCGUCUGCGGAACCGGCUGGUCGCUCACCUGGACCGCUCUGCCCGUCGCCGCGCUGCUAGCCCUCCUCUACCUGGCCUGCCGCCUGGUAUACGCCGGGUUCGUGAAGCAGACGCUGGAGGCGGACAUGGCGGACAUUGAGGGGAUUUACAUGGGGAGGCCGGGGUCGGGGUUCUGGGUGGUGGAGGAGGAGGGGGGAGACGGUGGGCUGCGAGGGGUGGUGGCAGCACAGAAGGCCGAGGGAGCAGCCGGGCUGCUGCCAGCUCCUCCGCCUCUCGGUGGACCGGAGAUGCCGGGGUCUGGGCCUGGGCUGCAGACUGACCCACCGGGUGCUGGAGUUCGCCCGGGACAGCGGCUACCGGGAGUGUGUCCUGUACACCUCCACCGUCCAGCAGCCCGCCAUCCGGCUCUAUCUAGCCCAGGGCUUUCGGCUGACCAGGGACGCCGAUCCUAUGCCCGGACUGGCCCUGCUAUCCUGGGUCACCAACAUCUAUGUGUGCGAGCUGAGGCUGGACCUUCUGGACGCCGGCAAUUCCUACCAAGGGGCCCCAGUGACAGGGAGAGGGGGGCGUCAAUAGACCAAACGUCCCGACUGGGAACACAAUCUCAUUUCGUUGGGGUGGGGAGUCAUGUCAAUAAACAAAACGUCCUGACUAGAUAUAGUCUUUGA